CCUGGAUGGCGGUUAAGGCCGAGCCUGCUCGGACACCAGUGCAAGGGACGGGGUAAGCACCCCCAACUCUCAGCGCCUCUCGCUGGAACAUCAGCGCGUCCCGGGCCCUGCCUCAGGCGAGGCGAGAACACAGUUUAUCGUUAUCUGCCUGGUUUUGCGCCGAAUGCAAACGGCGAAGCGGGCGGCGGGGAGCCGCCGUGCGGAGGCGAGGCAGGGUCGCGGGGUCCCCUCCCGAGGCGGGCUCCAGGCCUGCGCCGCCCGCCCUGGGGACGCCCGAGCGACAGCCCGGCUGUGCCGCUGCCAGCCGUGUGUAACUCCCCUCCCGCGGGGCCUGGGAGGGCCGGACCCGCCACCUGUCCCCUGGCGGCCGCCCCGCGGGGCGGGCCCGGCCCGCUCCCCACCGGCAGCCCCUCGCCCCCCGCCGCCCAAACAUGCCGGUCUCCAGGCAACGGCGGCGGCGUCACUUCCUGCGGCGCCGCCCCUCCCGCCGCAGCCCUGGGCCCCGGGGCUGCGUUCCGGGCUCGGGCCGUUGCGCGGCGGUCGCCACACGUGGCGCGGCGGGGCGGCCCCGCUGGCGGCAUGGCCGCGGCGGCCGAGGCGGUGGGCGGCGGCGGCGGGAGCAGCCGCCACGAGAAGAGCCUGGGGCUGCUGACCACCAAGUUCGUGUCGCUGCUGCAGGAGGCCAAGGACGGCGUGCUGGACCUCAAAGCGGCUGCCGAUACCCUUGCUGUGAGGCAGAAGAGGAGGAUCUAUGAUAUCACCAAUGUUUUGGAGGGGAUUGAUCUCAUCGAGAAGAAGUCAAAAAACAGCAUUCAGUGGAAAGGAGUAGGUGCUGGCUGCAAUACAAAAGAAGUCAUAGACAGACUGAGGUAUCUGGAAGCUGAAAUUGAAGAUCUAGAGCUAAAAGAAAAGGAAUUGGAUCAGCAAAAAUUGUGGCUUCAGCAAAGUAUCAAGAACGUCAUGGAUGAUUCUACAAACCACCAAUUUUCAUAUGUCACCCAUGAAGAUAUCUGCAACUGCUUCAAUGGAGACACACUUCUAGCAAUUCAAGCACCUUGUGGUACACAGUUAGAAGUACCUAUACCCGAAAUGGGACAGAAUGGACAGAAGAAAUACCAGAUCAAUCUUAAAAGUAGUUCAGGACCUAUCCACGUGCUGCUUAUAAAUAAAGAGUCAAACUCCUCCAAGCCCAUGGUGUUUCCAGUUCCUCCACCCGAUGACCUUGCACAGCCCCCGACUCAACCUGCAGCUCCAGCGACUCCCCUUAAACCUGCCACAGCUCCUCAAAACCCACCAGAGCAGCAUGACCUGAAUCAAGGACAAGAGUUACCGCAAACAUCAGUUGCGGACACGCCAUCAGACGGCAGCGUGCAGCAGGACAGCGCAACCCCAGCAGCUCCUUACUCCAGCCUCCCGGAGUCGGUGUUGUACCCCAGCCUUUCAGGAGAUGUCGCCCAAGCUACAGCUAGCUCCAGUGACUACCAGGGCUUGCUGCCCCUGGAUGUUAACUGUAUCCUCAAGCCAAACUCGUUCGACAUAGCAAAGAUGGAGGAGCCCGCAGGAAAUAUCAGUGGAGAUAUUAUUGAUGAGCUCAUGUCUUCUGACGUUUUUCCUCUCUUACGACUCUCUCCUACUCCCGGAGAUGACUACAACUUUAACCUGGAUGAUAAUGAAGGAGUCUGUGAUCUCUUUGAUGUGCAGAUACUAAAUUAUUAGAUAUUGUGUCAACCGGACUACUUAUCUACCUCUAACUAUAACAUUCUAGACUUCUUCAUAACCUAAGUAUUUGAAUAAUGAAUGUAUAACUUCUUAGUUCACUGACUCUGGGAGUAUAUUUCCUU